AUGACUUCGCCAAAGAUUCAAAAAUAUAUUGUGAGGGCUUGUGCAAAAGAAACUAUAAAAGCCAUAAUUGAUGACUUGGAUGGAGAUUAUUAUGAAAUAUUAGUUGAUGAGUCCAAGGACAUCUCGCACCAUGAACAAAUGGCCCUUGCUUUGCGAUGUGACGGUUUCAACCCUAGUGAUAGAUUGCAUGCAAAAUCUUAUUUGAUUGAAAUUAAUGAUUUUGAAUUUGCUUUCUUGCUUCACUUGAUGUUGAAAGUGUUGGUAUUGUCGAACGAGCUGAGCAAACCUUUAAAGAGGAAAGAGCAAAAUAUUGUUAAUUCCAUGGUAUUUCUUGACCUUACAAAGGAAAGGCUUCAAAAAUUGAGAGAGGAAGGAAGGAAAGAAUUCAUGGAUGAAGUCUCUUCAUUUUGUGCUAAACAUGAUAUUUCGGUGCCCGAGAUGGAAGAAUUCUAUAUUCCUGGCAAGUCGAAGCGUAGACUUUCUAGUGUUACUUAUUCACAUCACUUACAGGCUGAGUUUUUUUAUGCGGUAAUUGAUUUGCAGCUUCAGGAGCUUAACAAUCGUUUUGAUGUUGUGAGUGGCGACUUGCUUCUUAGUAUGGCUAGCUUGAAUCCGGCUAAUUCAUUUGCUAAUUUUGAUAAGGAAAGAAUAAUGACAUUGGCCAAGCAUUAUCCAAAUGAGUUUGGUGGAUCGAAGCUUCAAGAUCUCAAUUAUCAACUUGACACUUUCAUAAUGCCCAUGCGACGUGGUGACUCUAGGUUCUCUGAUUUAAAAGGAAUUAGUGAUUCGACAAAAGCGAUGGUUGAUGCAAAUCUUGUGGAGACUUAUUCACUUGUUUAUUUACUUAUGAAGUCGACCUUAAUUUUACCUGUCGCGACUGCAACUGUUGAAAGAGCAUUCUCAUCCAUGAAGUACAUCAAAGAAUGA